AUGUUAGUCAAGGAAACCGGGGGCCAGGUUCGAUCCCUGAUCAAACGCAAGUGUAUGAAGAACGGCCCGCGAGUCAAUCAAGCCGUGUUUGAGCGGUGGUCCCUUUACCAUGUUGCCUUUUUUGCUACUUCUUCGUCUUCUUCCUUCCUGUUUUUGGAGAGGCGAUGUCUGCGCUUCCCGAAGUCAUGUCAUGUUGCCAUUAACAUCAUCAAGCCCGCGAAGAUCCCAUAA